CUGGGACGCCGCCACUUUGCGGUGAAUGCGUGGAUUUGUAGGCGCAAGCCGCUAACCAACGCCGCCCACCACCACCACCUCGUCGCCUCCUUUUUGGGGGGACCGGGAUGCAAGGCGCUGAGGAGCAUCCGGAUUAGCUGUCUCACCCUCUGACCUGCAGGGUUGUGAUGCGCCAAAAUCCGCUGGGGGGCGUCCGUCCUCGCCGCAACCCGUUCGUCCCGUGACGCUUAUGGGCUAGGAGCUCCUUCGCCGCAGUGCCCCAAAGCCGCCCUUUGCGUCCGAGCGGCCGGGAUGGGCAGCCCGGGCUGCGAGGUGGCUCUCUCCGGGCCCGCCGAGCCCGCCCCGGAGGCCGCGUGCUCGGAGUGCGGCCAGGUGCACCGCAGCCGGGAGAACCACCUGUACAACUACCGGCUGGAGGUGGACGACGACCUGGUCUGCCACAUCUGCCUGCAGCCGCUGGUGCAGCCGCUGGACACGCCGUGCGGGCACACCUUCUGCGCCCGAUGCCUGCGCAGCUUCCUGCAGGAGAGGGACUUCUGCCCGCUGGACCGCACGCGGCUGCAGCUGCCGGCGUGCCGCAGGUCCAGCAUCCUGGUGCACAAGCUGCUUGACAAGCUGUCGGUCACGUGCCCGCUGACGCCGCUCUGCUCGCUCAGCAUGCCCAGAUGUGACCUGGAGGCGCACCUCAAACACAGGUGUCCAGGCACACUACGUCAGCAGACCAGCGUGGACGGUCCACGCAAGGAGAGCGGCGACGAGCGACCUGCGGUGAAAAGUCCUCUGCGAUCCCCCCGCUCGCCGCAGACCGACCUGGGCGACGGCACCCCCUCGCCGCCACUUGCCCUCAACAGCGGCGGCGACACACCGCCGAUGAGGACCAACGAGGCGGGCCUGGACAACCCUGCCUUCGAGGAGAGCACCGAGGAAGACAGUGUGGUGGGGAUGGAGUGCAUCAUCCCCAGGGUGAAGCGGCCCCUCAGUAACCCUUGUAUCCAUCUCCUUCGCUCGGUCAGCUCCACUUCCUCUGGCUGGGACUGCCCCGAGUCUCCGCCUCUUUCUGCAGAAGAAGGCUGCGUCAAGUUGCCGUCGCUUCCCGAAGGCGAGAUAACGGCGGUGGAGGUGCACCGGGCGAACCCGUACGUGGAGCUGGGCAUCAGCAUCGUGGGCGGGAACGAGACGCCGCUCAUCAACAUCGUGAUCCAGGAAGUGUACCGGGACGCCGUGAUCGCACGGGACGGGCGGCUGCUGGCGGGGGACCAGAUACUGCAGGUGAACAACGUGGACAUCAGCAAUGUGCCGCACAGUUUCGCCCGCCUGACGCUGGCGCGGCCGUGCGCCACCCUGCAGCUGACCGUGCUGCGAGAGCGGCGCUGCGCAUCCCGGGCACCGCCCUCCGCCUCGACCACACCUGCCGUCCCCGACGCCCCCUGCUCCACCCCCGAGGGCAACCCGCCCAGCCCCGCGUCACUGAGGAUCACCUUGCACAAGCGUGACUCGGCGGAGCAGCUGGGCAUCAAGCUGGUGCGGCGGACCGACGAGUCCGGCGUCUUCGUGCUGGACCUGCUCGACGGGGGGCUGGCGGCUAAAGAUGGCCGGCUGCGGGGCAACGACCGCGUUUUGGCCGUCAACGAGCAGGACCUAAGACACGGGACCCCCGAGCAGGCUGCACAGAUCAUCCAGGCGAGUGGCGAGCGAGUCCACCUGCUCAUCAGCCGACCCAGCAAACCGACCCCGCCGCCGCCGAAGUCGAGCUCCACCCGAGAUCUGUACUGCCUUGAUCAUUUCCUGCCCAACCACAGCACCGGCACCAGCCCGCUGCCCUUGCACCUCUCGCGCACGAGCACGCACCGGGACCUGUCCCAGUGUGUCAGCUGCAAGGAGAAGCACAUCACUGUGAAGAAGGAGCCCCACGAGUCUUUGGGCAUGACGGUGGCAGGCGGCCGCGGCAGCAAGAGCGGCGAGCUGCCCGUCUUCGUCACCAGCGUCCAACCGCACGGCUGCCUGGCGAGGGACGGCAGAAUCAAACGAGGCGACGUCCUCCUGAGCAUCAACGGGCAGGACCUGACGUACCUGAGCCACAGCGAGGCGGUGGGCACCCUGAAGGCCAGCGCCGCCUCGGCCUCGGUGCAGCUUCGGGUGCUGGAGGUGAGCAUGGUGGAGGAGCGCCAGCGCGACCAGUUGCUGCAUCACGCACACGACAGUGACUUCGACGCCAACUGGUCGCCCUCCUGGGUCAUGUGGCUGGGCCUUCCCAGUUACCUGCACAGCAGCCACGAAAUCGUCUUGCGGAGGAGCCACCCUGGCAGUUGGGGCUUCAGCAUUGUGGGGGGCUACGAGGAGAACCAUGGCAACCAGGCCUUCUUCAUCAAGACCAUCGUCCUCGGCACGCCCGCCUACUACGACGGCCGCCUUAAGUGUGGCGACAUGAUCGUGGCGGUCAACGGCCUCUCCACGGCGGGAAUGAGCCACUCGGCGCUGGUCCCCAUGCUGAAGGAGCAGCGCAGCCGGGUGGCACUGACCGUCGUCUCCUGGCCCGGCAGCCUGGUAUAGCCCGGGCCUGGUAGAACGAACUGGUACGCGCUUCCUGUACGUUGCUCCAGCAGGUUAAUAAUCCAGGACCAAAAAGUGAGGAGAUUGUGCCAUGCCGCUCAAUAGACCGCAAUCCCAACACACUGCUGUGCUUGUGUCAUCUUCACUCAAUUCCCAAGCUGUUGUACAGUCAAGGGCUCCAUUCAGGUGGAUGCACUAUUCAAAAAGUUGAAACCUUUAGCACGUGCAACACCAGCAUUGAUUCCAGCUGAGUAAGCACCCCUCCCCGCCUGAGUCCUCGUUUUAGCAAGCUGCCAUAACCUGGAACUCAUGCACUCAGGCCCCAUCACCAUGACAACCAGCUGCCCAAUCAGUUUUUU